AUGGAGUCCAUUGAAAGCACAAUUCAGAAAAAGCCUGGAGAAACUCUGACUCUGUCCUGUAAAGGAUCUGGGUUCAGCUUUGACUGCUGUAGCAUGCACUGGAUCAGACAACAAGCUGGAAAACCACUUGUGUGGAUGGGUCUGGGCUACAGUUCUGGAAGUGGACAUAAGGCAGAAUCCUUUAAGGGGAGGCUUGAAAUCACCAGAGAUGAUUCCAAAAGCAUGAUGUAUCUGAAACUGUCUGGACUGACAGAAGAGGACUCAGGUCAGCCCUCCUGCAUCAACUCUAAUAGCUGA